AUGGCACCCAACGAAACUAAGUCUGAAGAUCUUAAAGAAAAAAAGUUUAUUCUUAUGAGAUUGAAGGAAGAAUGGGAGUUGGCGCGACAUAAUUUAACUAAACGAAAAAGUUUAAUGUUAGGACAUGUCUCUGCUGCUUCACUCACCGUAUUAAUUGGAAUAUGUUUAUUCAUAAUUUUGGAAUACAAUGCUACCAAUAAGAUUCUGAAAAUUGCGACGUCGAGUGUCACUGCUGCUGGUGGUGUUUUAGCUCUCAUAAAAGCCAUUAUGGAUAAGGCUACAGCAAACAAAGAACACCUUACAAAAAUGAUUCAAGUCAUAAAGGGUAAUGAAAAAGAAGGUUCACUUCAAGUGAUAGAUAUAAAGGAUGAUGAAUUGAAAGAUAUAAAAACAGAAAGGCAUGAGAACUAUAUAAAAUUUUUAGCUCGUAUUAAUUAUCUUAUCAGGUUAGAAAGAAGAAUUGGUGUAUGGUUCGUUAUCUUAAUGUCAUUACUUGUAAUCAUUUUAGCAAUUAUCACAAUUUUUGUUAGUGUUAGCCCUAUCGAUAUUCCUAUUCCAAAUUUAAGUCAAUACUUGGCUAUAAGCAUAAUCGUGGGUGGAUCAUUAUGGCUUAUCAAUAUAAUCCUAUCACAUUUAAUAGAAUUCUUUGAAAUUUUGUCUGGUUUUCAUUGGGGAUAUGCAGAUAGUGAGAAUGAGAGUGCAGAUGUUAAGAACACUACCUCUCCUGAAGAUGGGAACACUACCUCUUCUGGGGUCGCAAACAAUACCUCUCCUGGGGAUGAAUAUUAUAAAAUUAAUAAAUAUCUUAAAGAUAAUUUAGGAUCAGAGAAACAAAAAGAAAAAGAAGCGGUUUAUUACAGAGCCAGUGUGAUACUAGCUGAGAAAUCUGUCAUAAGAGGUAAACACAAGGAAAUAAAACCUUCAGAGUUUGAAAAGAAACUUUAUGAGACAAUUAACAAACAUACGAAAGAGGAUGUUAAUCUUGAUGAUAUUCUUAAAGAUCUUAAAAAUAGUAAGCACGACAAGAAAAAUCUCAUUAAUAUUGAGAGAAAACUCAUUAUUAAUCUUGCCAAGAAUAUUGCUGACGAAAUUCCAAAUGAAAACAAGGAUAGCCGUAUAUAUCAAAAAUAUAAAAUAUAUAAAACAGAAAAUGAUGAUGAAGCAAUGCAACUUAUAGAAGAUAUGAAAUUAACCCAAAGACAUAAUAAUGAAAUCAGGCGUCUUUUAUGUGGGUUGGAACAUGAUCUCGCCGACAUUAUCAUAGAAGGUGACGAAGGAAGAACAACCCUCGAAUGUCAAGUAACAACCCUCGGAAGUCAAGAAACAACCCUCGAAAGUCAAGAAACAAACAUCGGAA